GCAAGAAGGGAGCCUGGCUGGGGAAAGGCGUGGGCUUCUCUUGGGCCCCUUGCUCCCAUGUUUAUUUGUCUUCCUCUCUUGCUCCUCUUAGGGUUGGAGACACCUUUCCCAGGAUUCUACAGCCCUUGAGGCCAUCACAGCAACGUCCCUUCCUUGUUUCUUUAGUUCCCCUGAGCAUCCUGAGAGAUAAUGGAGUAUCUUGUAUCUUCUAAGAACACCGAGAAUACUGCUUCUCAGGAGGAAGACAGUGAAGAAGACAUUGAGUUUGUUGGUGAAACUGUAUUGAGACCUAUCUUGGACUGCAUUGACCUUAGUAGUGGCGAGGAAGAUUGUAGCAGCUCUUCUAAUGGAUAUGUUAAACGCAAAGAUCACAUUGAUUAUCAGAAGGAAAAGGUUGCUUCAACUCUAGAUCGCCUAGCACGUCAUGUAGAGGUAGAGAAACAACUUAAAGAAGAGAAAAAUAAAGCAUUCAAGGAAAAAAUGGAAUCCCAACAUGCCCAUGGACUGCAAGAGUUGGAAUUUAUCCAGGGGCACAGUGACACAGAAGCAGCAAGAUUGUGUGUGAACCAGUGGCUAAAAAUGCCAGGUCUGAAGCCAGGAACUGUAAACUCAGGAAGAAGACCAUUACCUCAGAAAUCAGAUAAAAUGUCGUCUAAUAGUAAAUCUAUUUUAUGCCCCAUAAUGCACUGCAACAGAACAUUUGACAAUGGACAUCUUCUCAUGGGCCACCUUAAAAGGUUUGAUCAUUCACCAUGUGAUCCAGCAAUUACACUACAUGGACCUCCCACCAAUGCCUUUGCUUGUAUAAUCUGUGCUAGAAGAUUUCCCACCUCUCAAGAAUAUAGUGAUCACCUUUUCUCUAAGGCAUCUGAAAACGAUGGCCAUGAAAGGAAUUAUCCUGCUCAGCAUAUUCAGUGCUUUGCGUGUCCAUGCUGUUUCCUCCUUUUCAGCAUUAGAGAUGAAUGUCUGCAGCAUAUGUCUGGAAAGAAACAUUUUUCCCAGGCUUUUAAACUGAAUGAUAAGCAAGGCAGUCCACUUCCUUUGCCUUUCCCAACUUAUGCAAAGAAUCUUCUAAUUUCCCUCUGUAAAGAAGUUCCAUUCCAAGUGAAAUGCACGUCUUGCCAUAGAGUGUUGCGUUCCCAUGUAGAGUUAACUGCACACUUCAGAACUCGUUGUCGUAAUGCUGGUCCAGUAGCUUUGUCAAAAAAGAGCAUUUCCCAAGUUGCUGAAAUUUUUAAAGCCAAAGGAUUCUGUCUUGGUUGUAGCAAACUGUUUGUUGAUGACAGCCACAUCAGUCAGCAUAUUAGCAAAACUGAACACAAGGUUAAAGUUUUCACCACCAUGGAAGAAUCAAUCUUGAUGAUUUGUCAUGUCAAUGAAGGGAGUAAAAGUAUCUCUCAGCUACAGAAGCAUGUAAGCCUUUUAAAAUCUUCUCCUCUGAAGAGACCUCUGGAUUGUAAUGUAUCUAUUGGUGAUCAGAGAGACACCACUUCAAAACGAAAAAAAGACUUUGACGGCAAAAGCCAAGAGGUUAGCAGUGUUCGUACUGUCAAAGCCUGGAUAUGUCAGUGUCUUUUAGCAUUUCCUAAUGAGGAUUUGGUAGAAAAACAUAUAUUUUCUGAAAACAGCAUCUGCUGUCAAUGUUGUGCUUGUGGAAAGGUUGCACAAAACACAAGCGUAAUUCGUUUGCACAUGAGCCGGUUCCAUGGAGGAGCACACUUGACAAACUACUAUUUCUGGUGUCAAUCCUGCAACAUCUGCCUUCAGAAAGAAGAGGAUAUUUUGGCUCAUGUGACAGAACUUCAUGGUGGGCAUAGCUACUAUUGUGAGAAAGAUGUUCCCGAGAAUCAGCUCACAUUAUUUUCUGAUAGUAAUUCACUUGAAACAAGGAACCAAUCUCCAAGCCCUAUGGAAUUAUCUCCACCUGAGAGUCCAGUAGAGGUUUCUUCCCAGUGGCAGUGUCUCAUGUGUGAGGAAAUAUUUGACUCUGAAAACAUGGUGAAGCAGCAUUGCAUGUCAUUAGAGAGCCAUCACUUUCACAGGUACAGUUGUGGCUUGUGCAAAAUGACAUUUCGGAAGAUGGAGACCCUGCAUCGACACUGUCAGGAUAGGCACGACAACAUUGUGCAGAUUAAAUACUUAUGUGGAUUUUGUGGUGACCUCUUUUUUGAUGUUGAGGAAGAGUUUUUACGUCACUAUAAAGGCUUACACAGCAAGGAUUACAUGUGUCUUUCUGAAGGAGCAGGAACAUCGAUCAAAACUUUUGAAAUUGUAGAAGAGAGCAACCUUCUAAACUGUGGCUGUCGGGAAAAAUAUGUCAACAAAGAGAACAGGAAGGCAGAUUACAAGAAGUGUCAAGAAAACAUGCUGGAAAAAGGCAGUAUGUGGUUUCGCUGUACUUUAUGUUCCACAACAGCACAAAACCAUUGUGACAUGAUAGCUCAUCUCAAUAGCCAUGGAAACAAUAAACGUGUUCAAGAAUUAUGUGUAGUGAGGUGUGGAGCAUGCAACAAAAGCUUCAGUGAUAUAGCAGUAGCUCAUCAGCACUACCAUGGCAAACAUUGCUUCUCUCAUAAGCCCCAACUAGCCUUUGGAUCUCGGGCAGAAAGUGAUGUCUUCCAGUUCUCAGCCAGUAGGCCCUGCAUGGACAAGACCCCUGAUAAACUGGUGCUUCCACUAGACAUGAACACAAGUGCUUCAGAUAAAAGAAUGUUCAAAUUUGGAGACAUAAACAAACAACACAUUAAGAAACCACAUUAUGAACUUGUCGAAGAUGAUGGAGACCUACCUGAUCUUGAUUAUUUGUGUACCAUGACACAUAUUAUAAUGAUGGAUCUUGAUAACUGGGGAAGCCUUUUCCAUCAGUUGCCUGCUACGCUUAACCAAGGAACAUUUAUCUGGGGCUUUCAAGGUGGACACAACAACUGGAAGCCACCUGUGAAUUGCAAGAUUUUUAAUUACCUUAACAAGAUUGGGUGCUUUUUCCUCCAUCCACGCUGUGGUAAAAGGAGAGAGGCAGCUGACUUUGCCAUCUGUGUGCAUGUGGGCCGUCUGGACGAACACUUGCCAAAGCAUAUUCCUUUCACCAUUCUUUCUGGAGACAAAGGUUUUCUUGAACUGGAGAGACAACUUAAGAUGACGCAGCGGGCAACACGCAUUCUAGAUCCUCAUAAGAUGGAUGCUAAUGUGAUGUGUGCCUUAUUAAACAGUAUUUCUGAUACAGCCAAAGAAAAUGAUGAAGCUACUCAAAUAGCAACGCAACAGUUCUUGCAAGCAACGAAGGCCCAAAUGGGUAUGCCUUAGUCUUCAUGUAAGAUGCUGAUCACAAAGUCAGGAACUGUAGAAAGAGGAAGAUGCAGCCUUUGAAGAGGCAAUCAGGCGAAGUCUUGAGGAAAUGUGAAGAUGUCUUAAGAUUGUGCACUAUUACUUGUCAAGUAAUAGAACUUUGUCUAUCAUCUUACAAAGAUUAAAAAAUACUGGUUAAGAUUCCCAAGUCUCCACAGAACUAAUCUCUGUCAGCAACUACAGUCUAGUAAACUUGUGUAUCAUAAGGCCCAGCUGAACUUACGUGUGCAUUUUACUCCACCUUGGAUUUCAGUCACACUUCAUUGCUGGAGCAAUUAAUAGUAUGUUACAACAUUCAGUAUGUAAAAAUCCUCCAAAUAUGGCAGUUCCUCUGAGCUACUGGAUGGUUUGGAAUCUAAAAAUUGCCUUCCUUAUGAUUUAUCAUUUUUCUUUUAAACUUAUCCGUUUUUGGUUUUUAAUGUUAUACUUCCUUUUUUGAAAGCACUACUAUCUUAUGGCAUGUGCAUUUAUAGCACAAAUAUUGCAGUAGUAACAGGUAUUAAAUCCUGAUUUCUUAGGACCCUGCUGUCUUCAUUAAUGAGUUCAUGAAGUAAAGAUGAGAUAUUAUUCCUGAAGUUUAGAGUGUACAAGCAAACCUUUGAAGGCUUUUUGUGACUCAACAACUAUGACAGGCUCUAAAGUCUAGUUAUUUCUUUCUUCUAUAUCUUUGUUCUUAUGUGAACAUUUGGGUUUGGGUAUUUUUGUUUGACUGGCCUGUAUAUGUGUAUUUCAUUUCCUGUACUACGUGUACUACAAAAAAUAUUUUCUCUUUUCUUUAGUGGAAAAAAGGCUUUUCUGCAUUCCUAGAUGGUUAAUUUGUUGUGAUUAUUUUGCAGAAUAUAUUUCUAUAUUUCAUCAUAAUUAAAAUGUUG